AUGUCGUCAUCAACAACAGCCACCAAAGCCACUGCCACGCGAGGCGGCAGUGACGCUGGAGCCGUCCAGCAGUCCACCAUUUACAAGUUUGUAAUGACGCCCAUCAUCCUCGUCUCCUUCCUGCUCUCCCUGGCCUGGGUAGACCUCACCUACACUAUCAGGAGGUCAAGAAACCACGGCCGGCAGGGCUGGAUGCCUUCCUGGCUGCACAGCAUCCUCUACCGGAGAUCACAGUACCGCUACGCAGAAGCCAAGGACUCGAAAACAACGACGCCAACGACGACACCGAGUCCCAAGGACGAAAAGGAGGAGUUUUACUACCACAGUAAACAGAAGAAGCUGCUGCGCGCGGAAGUCGACGACGCAUUCCAGCUGAGAGGUCAAGUUCUCGUCGUGAUGGCGCUCGUGUUACUCACGGCGUCGCUGGCUUUUGCGUGGGGUGGCUGGAAGAUCUCCAGCUGGGUGUGGAGGAGGUUUGGCGAGAGGGCUUUCAAUAUUUGA